AUGGAUAAUCAUGGGGUGAGGGACCUUGAUGACAUGUCCUUUGGGCGUAAGGGACUUCCCGCUAAAAGACACUAUAACCCCGUCUUCAAUGCCGGUGGAUGCCGAGAGGUAGCAGCUGAGGAGGCCGUGCCGCUCAAAAGGACCAAACAUUUAAGCCUCCAAACUCGGGUCAGAGCUACCAAGAUCUCCGCAAAGUCUUCAUUGGCUAAGAGGAUUAAAUGCAAGACCAGCUCCAAACUGGAGACCCUCAAACCGCAUUGCACGGUCAAAUCCACCAAGUUGUCUAUUAAGACUGGGCCGACCAGAAGACCAAAGCAGAAUACCCCCACCAAAACAGAAACUCUCUUUAUGAAGCGAAGGGUUAAGCCCACUAAGGUUUCAAUGAAGUGUAGACCCACUAAAGGGACUAAAAGGAAAGCUGCCAACAAAUCGGAAACGCUUUUGAAGAAGCAGAGGUUUGAAACCACCAAGGUGUCUGUAAAGAUUGUUCCAGCAAGUCAAUCCUCGAAGGCUAGACCGAGACCACAGACCCUCUUGAAGAAGCACCAAGGUAAAACAAAAUCACAGACCCUAAUGAGAAAGCACCGAUAUAAAACCAAACCGGUCAACAACAUGAGGUCGCACAGAGAUAAAACCAAAUUAGGUAUCCUAAUUAGGAAAACACAGGGUAAAGCCAAAAUGGAGACCCUGUCUAGGAAUCGAGGGGGUAACGUCCAACUGGACUGGCAGAUGCACAAUCGAGGGGCUAAAAGAAAACUGGAGAUGCUUACCAGGAGGCAAAGGGGUAAAACAGAGUCUAUGAAAACCAUCCUAAAGUCAAGAGCCAGAACCAUCCUGGCAUCUCGAGGUAGCAAACGGAAAACUAGUACAAUACCAGAGAGCCUAACGAGGAGUCAGUGGCUCAAAGCCACCCAGAUGUCCAUGGUUCACCAGGCUGAAAAGCAACUCUUGCCCUCAACUGUUCAUGACUCAUUGGAGCACAAGUAUCAGCAGCUCGAGAAGAUCGGCGAAGGAGGGUUUGGAUCCGUCUACGCUGGUUACCGGAAAACUGAUUCUUUUCCUGUGGCUAUCAAACACAUUCCCAAAGAUGAAGUCAAGAUCAUUCCCCUGGACAUAAAAGGGAGGAAACACGAUAUCCCGCUGGAGGCGUUGCUCAUGCUGCAGGCGUCGUGCAUCAAGAACGCGGAUGGGAAAUCAGCCGUCGUGUCUCUGCUGGACAAAUAUGACUUGGAUCAAGAGCUGGUGCUGGUCAUGGAGAAGCCAGUGCGAUCUGUCGACCUCUUCACGUGCAUCGCCAGAUGUAGGCACUUUAAGGAGAACGAAGCCAAGAACAUCAUGAGGCAGCUAGUUGACGCCGCCAUCAAAAUGCACGCUGUCAACGUCUUCCACCGAGAUCUUAAACCGGGAAACAUUCUCCUGGAGGCCACCUAUGGGGUCCCGCGGGUGCGCGUCAUUGACUUUGGCUGCAGCUGCUUUGUAACCGAGGAGCCUUAUCACAUCUACACCGGAACCCUUUCCUACGCUCCUCCGGAGUUCGUCCUGAGGGGAACGUACAGGGCGGGCCCCACAACAGUGUGGCACUUGGGGGCCAUGCUUUUCGAGUUGCUGGCCGGAAGCAAGCAGUUUGACACUGUUCUCUUCAUCUCCCAAAUGCUCCAACUCAAUCGGGUUCUGUCUCAAGAUUGCAAAGAUUUCUUGCAGAUGUGCUUGAAAUGCGACCCGGAGCAGCGUGCCACCCUAGUGCAGAUCCACCAGCACCCGUGGCUCAUUUGA